AAAGUGUAACAGUCUUUGAAAUUCAGUUAGGGAGUAUGACUUAAUUUGACGGUAAACUGAAGAGGUGCUGACUCUGGAGACUUUGGACAAUUAAGUCCAGACAAAUUUAACCUCCCCUCAGAGGCGAAAACAGACGUGUCUCUCUUGAUUUCACCAUCAACAAUGGCAUAGGACUGAGACCACUUCAAUUGGCGGUGUCACAGGGAACAUCUACUUUGAUCCAGACUUCUUUCCAUUUAACUGAAAAGCUCUUUAUCAAUGAACUCCCAGAGGAAGAACCCUGGACCGUUAUAAGAGGUUGAGUGCUGGAUGGACAAUUUGGAGUUAUGGAGAGUGAUUCCAUAACUCUUCUUCGGGACACAUGUUGAAUUGCAACAAAUGUAAUCUGCUUUCUCUUUUUACCAGGACUAAGGGCACCAAAUUUAUUAACAAACACUUUACUUUUCAAUAAACUGUUAGCUUUGCUAAGCUCCUGCCCUUCAACUUUUGAACUCUUAGAAUUGACACUGAAGGAAUAUUUUUUAUAGAAAUGUGCUUAAAAUAAGAGGUGUGCACUUGAACAAUGCGUCCUCUUUCAGAAUGAGGACUGUCAUCUGAUUUGGAAUGUUGAUAUAUCUGAUAAGCACGGAUUUCUGCGCUGAAGAGUCAGUGUUACACAUCAGCUGGAGAGAGAGAGAGCUUCGCUUCGGUGCAUUAAGCUUCAUCAACUUACCUGCAGACAGGAGAGUGAGAGAGGGGGAGGAGGAAGAGUAAAGUAGAAAGAAACAUCCAGUUCUAGACCAAACAAGUUUGCAAAACAUGAGCUAAAGGGAUUUAGGUUCAGUGAGGACAUUGGUUCGAUGCCAGUUUCAGGAUCGCUACAAAGACUGAAAACAUCCCAGGGUGAGGUCAGGAUAGCGGAUUUGUGUGUGUCCUAAAAAAAGAAAGAAGACACAGCCAUAAAGACAUAAUUGAAAAGACAGACAAGAUGCCUGAAAACAAGCAGACAAUCCAGCGGACUGGAAGCUAUCUGUCUCACUCUGCUUACAGGAAGAUAAAAAGGGUGCUGAGCUUCAGAAGACGUGUAUUUGGUCAAAGGUUGGAUGAGACAGUCCUGUAUGAGAGGAGGUAUGGGGAUCACAUGGCUCCAUUGGUGGUGGAGCAGUGUGUUGACUUCAUCCGAGAGCACGGUCUCACUGAGGUGGGACUCUUCAGGCAGCCAGGCCAGGCAACACUGGUUAAAGAGCUACAGGAAGCGUUUGAUGCUGGGGAGAAACCAUCUUUUGACAACAGCACAGAUGUUAACACAGUAGCAUCUUUGCUAAAGCUAUACCUCAGGGAGCUGCCUGAACCUCUGGUGCCAUUUUCUCGCUAUGAAGAGUUUCUUGUAUGUGGCAAAAGAAUCCCCUCAGACAGAGAAAAGGGUUUGCAAGACUUGAGGAGGCUCCUUCAUGAGCUACCUGUAGCGAACUUCAACCUCCUGAGAUACAUCUGCCAAUUCUUAAAUGAUGUCCAAUCAUACUCCAGUGUCAAUAAGAUGAGUAUCCAGAACUUGGCAACAGUUUUCGGGCCAAAUAUCCUAAGGCCUAAAGCUGAGGAUCCAGAAAGUAUAAUUGGAGGGGCAGCAGUUGUGCAACAUCUAAUGUCUGAACUGAUCCGUGAGCACAACCAGCUCUUCUCCAAAGAGAACUGCAACAUUACUGAAACAUCUUUACAAAUCGCCCACCCUAUAAGACACAGUAACCUUGUGGAAUGGGUGCACGAACCACCUGCCCACCUGAGAGAACCUCUGUUGAGCAAAAAUCACAUGGUCCUUCCAGAUCAGACUGUUGCCUGUCAACAUAAACACUCUCUACCACUAAACACAGAGUCUUUUCAAAGACCUUAUAACAAAAACAUUACCCAUUUAUCAGAGACGGAGCAACAACUUCAAGAGAACUCUUCACCAACCAGCUCUGCUCUGAUUUAUGACAACUGCAGUCAGCAAAGCUCAGCACAAGAAUCUCUCCAUAAAAGACAUGUACCUUCACCCUCCACCCAACCACCUGCCUGCUCUUCUUUGAGCAAAGAACUGGAAGCUGGAGUUCAAAUAUCUAUGCAGUCAAGGACCUGGCCAGACAUGGAAGAACCCAGCUGGGGACCAGAGAAAGCAUUAGAGGAAAGUGGAGGCAGCAGUGAAGCCCAGGAAAUUACUUUAUCUGUCUAUGACAACAUAGUUACUGAGGAGCAGGGGGAGCAAUAUAUAGAAGACAGGGAGGCCAAAGGUACUGCCAGUGUGGUUGAGAGCAACAGCUCUUGGUCAUCCUGUGAGAUUGUGCCUUUAGAUGGGGGCAGUGGAAGUGGUGGAACUGCAAAUCCUCGCAAUGUCUCCCCAGGACAGUUCCCCUCAUUCAGAAUGGACUCUAGAGAGGAACAACUUCAUCCUAACUCCCCUGCCUCAUCUUCUGCUCCUACAGAUGCUUCUUUAAGCACUGGCAGCAGUGAAGCCUUUUUGCCAAAUAAUCCUCAAGAGCCCCUGAUCUUUCCAGCUUCCCAUGUAAUGCAGUGCCUUGUUGCAGGUCUUCGUCAACAGAUGACCAAGCAAAAGGCAGAGUAUGACGCAAAAAUCAACAGGCUGGAGCAGAGGAACAAGGUACUUCAGGGGGAAGUUGCAGGGCUGCGUUCAUCUCUGGAGCAGCAUCGGCGUUGGGUCAGUGUGGCUGAGAUCAAGAUGAGAAAUGUAGAGCGAGCCCGUGCAGAUGCUGAUAGACGGAAUGCCACUCUGCAACAGGAAAUGGAGCAGUUCUUCGAAACAUUUGGCGAGCUUAAGGCAGAGGCCCAGAAAACCAGUCGCAUUGUUCAGAGUUUUUGAAACAUUUAUGUGCAGCAUAUUAAGGUUUCGCUCUUUUAAAGCAAUGUUUUCCAACUCUGGUCAUGGAGUUACCCCCAAUAGCAUAAAUUAUUGAUGUCUUUCUUAUCUGAUACCUCCAUAUGGGAAUUUCUCUCAACAAACUAUGAACUGAAUUAGGGAGACAUACAAACAUGUUACAGGUCUGUACAAAUGAGGAUGCAUUUCUGAGGGAAACCAUUUCCCCACUUUCAGGUACAAUUCUGUUGCCUAAACUACGGUGCAGACCAGCAUGUUCAAAAUAAUAUUAAGGCAAUUUUUGCCAUUUUAAGUGAUCAAAGACAAUGGAAUGACCCAAAGUAGGAUAAUAUUUUAUGAUGUCUAGUAAGCAUGGAUGCCAUAUUUGAUUAAAGAGAUUAAUGAAAACUAGAACCUUGGGGAUGCUUUUAAGAUAAAUGAGCUCAGACUUAAAAAUGUUCCGCCCUGGCUGAGGGUCACUGUACAUUUUUUUCAAUUGGGUCCUGUGACACAGUCAUACCUUUCACACAAAUAAAAUGUUCAUACACUGAAUGUAUUUUUAACAUAUGAAAUAAAACAUAAAACAACCAAAACAAUCAGUA